UUACGGCUGGGACUUCAUUCGCCAGGAUGACUCCACAGAAUGUGAUAGCACUGCACCAUGUGAGGGAGGACGAGCUGGACGCACUGAAAGCGAGGCUGGCCCGUCACCUGCCUCACUCUGUCGCUGUUUACGCUGGCUUGAGUUUGGCGGCGCGCUAUGGCAUACAUUCUUUCCGACCUGCCUCCAUCCUGGUGCCCGUCAGCCCACGCCCUUCCUGUCUCACCAUCAUUACUCCUAUAGGAUCUAGCGACCCGCCGAGCAUCGAGGUGUUCUGGAGUCCUGAUGAGCACACUGUCAAUGAUGUAGCUCAAUACCUUUCUCUCAUCCCUGAUCUAGACUGGAGUCAGCCCAAGACCUUAGUAGCUGUUCCCCGAAUCCUACUGCCGGCACUCCAAUCGUUGGCCAACGUUGGUGGCUGGCGGGUGCAGGCUCAUGUUAAACGUGAAGGACAUGUAUACAUGCUUGAGGAGCCUGCAAUACUGGGCAAUGAGUAAGUGAACAGAGGUAUGCUCCGUCGAUGACUGUAUUUUGUUGGACAGUAUUCUGAAUCCCAACCCACUGGCGCUGUUCAUUAGGUAGUAGGAGGCAGUAGUUAUCUGUUGAAAUGAGAAUUUAGUCCCGGUGAGAUUGUUAGGGUAUGAAUUGUAAAUAAUUAUUUUCUUGUUUCUUAUCUAAUUAUAAAUGUAAGAAGUAGAAUAUAUGCUAAUAUCAAACGUAUAUAUGUCUAUGUUAUUAUACUUAGUUAUAAUAACAUAUAUGUACUCGAACAACUAGAUAUUCCCAUAACUGAGCCUGUGAGACUGGAUGUUGACCAGAGCAUGGUCCCCUGUUGAAGCUGCAUGCGGGGGAAAAAAGAACGUGAACUUAUAGGGACGUCUGGCUGACAUCAGCCCCGUUCUCACGGCCUUAUGUCAAGAAACAAGAAAAUAAUUAUGUACAAUUCGUACCCUAACAAGAUCUUGUGAACUUAACAUUAAAACUAGCUGUGACCUCGAUGAACGUUUUCCUUUGUCUCGCACAACUCAAGAGGACAGUCA